CUUCGAUUUGCGAGGGUGGAUCGCUUGGCCGUGCCGCCGCUAGCAGACGAUCUUGCGGAGAGGAAACUGCUAUUGAACGAACACUGAUAAUUAUUUAUUGUUUGUCGCUGAGAGGUGUGGAAAAACGGGACGUUUCUGUUGAUAAGAGAAUUUGAAAUUCACCCAAGUUCCUUUUUUUUUUAUCUGCAUUUUUUUUUAUCUGUAGAAUUUGAUGUUUUAUGAGAUAUUCUACGAAAAUUUUGUUUCACGAUUUAUCAUUUCAUCAAGAAUUGAUAUUUUUUAAUAUUUUGCUUGCGGAACAAUGUUUCCAAUUUCUGGAAUACCUUGACAAAAUUAUUGUCGAUGAUAAUUUACCAACAAAAAUUGACUGUAUAAUAUAUAAAUUCAUUAAAAAAAUGGAUAAAAGAAUUAACUUUUGUCCUGGAAAAUCUUUUUUGAAAGACAUUAUAAAUCAUAAUCAUCAUAUUUUCGAAAACAAUUAGAAUCCAUUUCAGAAAAGAAAAGACUUAUUUUCACAUUUUCAUCUUUUUUAUCGUGUAUUGAUUUUAUGUUAUAUUCAUUCACUUAUAACAUUAAGCAAACUUCAAUUUCUUUUUCCUCCCGAUUACUGCAGAAAAAAAAAACAUGUCUUAGAAAAGCGUCCUCAUUUAAAUGGUUUGUGAGAUUUUAUUCACAAAAUUAUCAUGAGAAAAUAGACAUUUAAAGUAUUCCAAAACUUCUAAAGUGACAAGCGGCAUCAUAGAAAAAAAAGAAGUUGGAUAACCUUGAUGCCAAUUCACGUUUGUAACUUUCCGAAAGCAAUUGCAGAACAAUUUUUUUCUUUUUUUUUUCCUCUUUGCUUAUUGGCAACUGUGACUGUCAGUAUCCUUGAUCGGGAUAUGCGCAACUGCUAAUAUUUGUGGAAAGCAGCUGAAGUGAAGGGCACCUGAUCGUUAAUAAACAUGGAAUCAGGGGAAUUGUUAAAUAUUUUAAACUCUAAAGGUGGUCGAUGGUUUCGUCCAUCUGUAGGACACCAUGAAGAACAACAAACCAGUGAGUGGGAAGCAGAGUGGAAAUACUAUUGUUUCAAAGAGCCACCCUCCGGCUCCUGCCACUGUGUCACGCGGAAAUAAAACAGCCAUUGAAAAAUUAUCUUCUUCUACCCCUAGUUCAAAGAAAGCUUCUACUAUCAAAUCUCGUCCUGGAAUUUGUUCUAGCAGCCAAGAAAGCUUGAGUGGAACAAUAAGCAGUGUUCGAAGAAAAACGCCUGCCAAAGUACCUGCUGCUGCUAAUAUUGGCAUCAAGAAUGAUAACACUCCUAUUCGUAUGAUCAAUAACCUGCAGACAACACCACUUAUUCGUAAAACAACAUUCAAACGUAGUAGCAACAUGAGGAGAGCAGUAAGUAAAGACAGUGUGGACUUUUCUGCUAAAGAUCGGGAGAAAGAGAAUUUGAAGGUUGGGCAAAAUAGAAAUAAGAAUAGCAAUAACUGUAUCACCAUUCUGCAGAUGGAGAAGGAAAAAGCGCAGAUGGAACAACAGAUAUCGGAGCUUGUGAAGAAUGCGGAAAGUAAGAAAGCUGAGAUUGCUAUCUUGAAGAUGGAAAUCAAUAAAUUAAAGGAUCUGAAGAGCGAUGAUGCAGUUGAUCAGCUAAGGCAGGAACUAGAAAAUGUUUUGUCAGAGAAUCAAACGUUGAAAGAACGCCUUGUUCAGCUUGGUGUACCACUCGAAAUGACAGCCCUCUCUGACAACCAAAAGGAACAAAUCCUUAUUCAACGAUCCUUAUCAGGAUCAUUCUUAAACUUAGAGAAAGGUCAUCACAAUAAUUCUGAUGGUCCUAAAUCUCUAGACACAGAGGUGGGAGAGGCUUCUGGGGUCAAUCUCCCUCCCUCGACCCGCACUCUCUCAGAGUGGGAGAGGGGCAGUAGCAGCAGUCUCAGUGAAAUGUCUGUUGCCUGCUUACAAGAUAGAAUUAUGCAGAUGGAAGAAACACAUCAUAGUACUAAUGAAGAAUUGCAAGCCACCUUACAAGAGCUUACAGACCUUCAGGACCAACUAGUAGAUUUACAAUUAGAAAAUGAACGUAUGGCAGAUGAAAAAGCCGUCUUACUAGAGUCUCUUUGUUCCCAAACUGAAAAGCUGGAAGAGUGUCGCACACAAAUAACGCAACUGAAACAGUUACUCUUUCAGACUGAAGGUCAACAGCCACUCUCUGCAUCAGAAAGGGAAAGUAAUCUAGUGGACUUGUUGAAGAAAACUCAAGAAUCACAUGAUGAUCUUUUGAUGAAGCAAGAGGAACUGUCUUCUGCUUUGCAAGCUGCCAAAAAUGAUAGUCGUCCCCAGACAGAUCUUAUUCUUCUCAGGGAUAGGGUUCGGUUGCUGGAAUCCACUAUUGAAAGUAUCAAUGCCGACAAACGUCUGUUGGAAUCUCAAAUGAGUGAGAGUCAAGAGCAGCUAGCUGCUAACCAGAUAGAAAUUUCGCAACUGAAACUACAACUUGAAAAAGAGCAACAAAAGGUCUUGGAAUUGCAACGUGAGCGUGAAGCUGGUGCAACUUCUGAGUUAAAUGCUCUUUUACAAGAGGUUCGUAAAGACAAAGAAGCCGUGGAAGAGCGAGCAAUGCAUUUGCAAGAGCAGCUUGCUCUAAGUCAAAGAGAAGUAACUCGUCAAAAAGACCAGUUGCAGUCAUUACAGGAAGAAAAUAUGGUUGCCAAGAACAAUGCUCACAAACAAAUCACAGAUAUGGAGUACCGUCUCCAACAAGUUAUGGCUGAGAAGGAGCAGCUGAGUCAAGAAAUGGCUGCCUUGGAUGAUACAUUGCAGCAGCUAAAACUGAAAUGUCAACAUCAUCUAGAAGACAAACGAGACUUAAAAGCCACCAUUGGAGAGUUACAGAAAACAAUACAGGAGAAGACUUUGUUAUUAACUCAAGGUCAAAAAGAAAUUGAAGAACUUAAGAAGAAACAUCAAGCAGAGGUCGAAGAGUGGAAUAAAUUUCAGGCAGAUUUGUUGACUACUGUUCGAGUGGCCAAUGACUUCAAGGUGGAAGCUGUUCAAGACGUGGAACGUCUAACUGCUGAAAACAAAGAGCUUUCUGAGAAGAAUGCUGCUUUGGAAGCUGAAAUAGCAGCCUUGAAGAAUAAGAGGGAAGUUUCAUCUCCUACUUUCUCAAAAGGAAGCCUGUCCUCUGAGCUGACUGUACUUAGCAAUAUUGAGAAAGAUCUACAGACAACCUCCCGCAGACAGCUAGCCACCACUACUAAAAGAUCUGACAGAAGCAAUGCCAAUCAAUGUUCUGUCCGUUCUCUCAUUGAGUCAAUAGAAAAUGCCACUAAGCAGGUUAAAGGACAAGGUCCUAGUAGUAGUUGUAGUUCUUCAUCAAGUAGUUUAAACAGCCUUGCCUCUGAUUCUCGAGUGACUGCUCUUAUGAAUAAUAAUAAUGAUAUUUUUAUUAAGCCCAACCUCCGUUCAUCAGAUCCCACUACAAAAGAUAUCAAAACAGGUUCUGAACUAAGGCUUACCAAGAAGACCAGUUCAGAAACAAUCAAUACUACAAACAAUGGCCAAGUUUCUAAUAAUGCUAUUUCCAACAAAGGAGAAGGGGACGCACUGAAACCUUUGCCUGUCUCCAUACUUGCAAGUAAAUUGGAUCCAAUUAGACGGAACAGUUAUAGUGACAUUGUGGAAAAGAAAGAUCCAUUGUCUACUCUUGUGAAAGGAGGAGGUUCUAAAAGAAAUGCUCUUCUCAAGUGGUGUCAGAAUAAAACACUUGGAUAUAAGGGCAUUGAUAUAACCAAUUUCAGCAGCAGCUGGAAUGAUGGCUUGGCAUUUUGUGCACUUCUGCAUUCCUAUUUACCCAACCUCAUACCUUAUGAUGAAUUAGACAGCAAAGAUAAAAGAAGGAACUUUACACUGGCAUUUCAGGCAGCAGAAUCUGUUGGAAUUCCAACAACUCUGAAUAUAAACGAUUUGAUUUCUCAAGAGCGGCCUGAUUGGCAGUCCAUUAUGUCAUAUGUUACAGCAAUUUAUAAACAUUUUGAAACCUAAGCAUAUCUACAAACAUUUUAGUGUAUGUGGAUGUUUGAUCUUUUGUGCCAGGAAGAAAAAGGUGAAGAAAGGUAUCCCACAGUUUUCUAGUCAAACAUGAUUGAUUGUCUUGUAUUCAGAAAUUUCCAUAUGCAUACAGCUAGGAAAACCAAAACUAAAAACUGAACAAGGACGAUUUUAUUAUUGCACUUUUGUCUGAACACAAGCUUCACAUUUCUGCUUAUUUAAUUAGUUUUGAAAUUUAUAAAUGUCAGAUUUUUUUCUCCUUUCAUUUCACACAAUUUGUCUUGUAUUGCUAUUCUUGAGGAAGCAAAAGAGAUUGUGGGCACUGCCAGUGUAUGAACUUUUUUUUUCUCACCAUAUGGAGCUUUCAGUAUGGUAUUUUUAUAUUUUUGUAAAGAUUUAUAUUCAUAAUUUCAAUUUUUAAAAAGUACACUUGAUAAAUAUUUUGCUACGUAACAUUUUGCAAUUUUUUAGAAUUUUUGCUUUUGUACUACUUUAGUAAGAAUUUCAUGCAAGUGCAAAAUUUAUUUUAAAUAUACUGUUGUACGGUGUGUAGGUAGCAAUUUUUGGUGUCUUGUCGUAAUUCCCCUUGUCCUUCUAAAUCUUAAAAUGUAAUUUUUUAAAUUGCAACUGGCUAUUAACAAAAGCUCUGGAUGUUUUUGAAAAAUCUUAUAUACAAUUCAAUUAGGAAAGGCAUAAUUCAAUCAAAUGUAUUGAAAAAUGUCUUAAAUCUGAUUCAGAAAAUCCCUUAACUUACAGAAAUUUUUAUGACUGUUUCUGAAUUCUUUUUUCAGUCUUUAUACAUUUUGGAAACAGUAUUGAUCUGUAGAGCAGGUUGUGGUUAGAAUCUUUUCUGAUUUUUUGGCAUUUUUAUAUUUUUUUAUAAAGUGAGUUAACAUUAUUCUUAGCAGGUAAUAAAUCUUUGUGCUACUUUAAAAUCACAAAAAGUGUCAUAAUUUGAGAAAAAUGAAAUCCUAAAUUAUGUUUUUAAAGAUUAAAUUUACUACUUACAAUUUAAAUGGCAAGUUGCUCAAAAUAUUUUAUAAUGUCUUUAUGCUUUAGAAAUUCUGUAUUCUUUUUACAAGUAAAAUAAAUUAUUGUAGAAAUUUUAAGCAGUCAUGUAUUAAGUUAAAUCUGUGAUUGGCUGCAUCUUUAUUUUCUGCACACAUUGGUGUGAUAAGACCAAAGCAAGUUUUCUAUUUGCUGUGAUAAUUAUUAAUACAUCUAAAUUUAUACUAUAUAUUAUUAAAUGUAGAUCACUCAAGACAUUGUAAUUAUUACAAUUCUAAUUUGUCUGAAAUAUGCUGACAGCUAUAUUAUUUUAAUCAAGAAUCGAAUGAAUUGACAGUCUGUAUCCAUGUGUAUCUACGAAGCGCAACUAAAAUCCGAAUGUUAAUGAAUAUAAACCUUCUGUGGCUCAUCAUUGUUCAAGUUUAAAAAUACAUUGAAACAUUUUAAAAUAAAUUUACUAAAGAAUCCAAGAGUCUCUAAAGAAUAUGUAUAAAAAUUAAUUUUGUGUAACAGUUUUGUUAUUGUAAAUGGAUGGAAGUUGUGUAAAGUUUAUUGUUCAAAAUAUAAGUAUGUGCAUGUUAAGAAAAGCCGUUUCAUAUUCAUCAUUUGCACAUUAAUCAGUUAAGUGUAAUAUAGAAUUCAGUAUUUGAAGAUUCAUUUUUUUUCAUCCUGUAUUUAUGAUACAUCAAAUUCAGAUCAUUAUUCCAACCUGAUUUUAAAGAAUUUUUAGUAUUUUGAUCAGUAUUAGCAAACAAAAUAAAUGUGUUAAAGUUGUGUUCCUAUUUAUGUGUACAUAAAUGGAAAUUUUUCUUUCACUUGCAUGUCAUCAUCCUGUUGAAGAGAAGAGCUGGCUUUUGUAUGUUUGAUAUGCA